CUCGUUUCAUACCGCCAGCUGGCGCCACAAAACAGUUGUGUAUGGAAAUUGUGGCAUGUCGAAGGAGGUAGAUUACAGACAAGUGUGCAAAAGUGCGAUAUUAUAAUUAAUAAACGAAGAGAAGACAAAAUAAUUUGCACGAAUAGUUGAAUAACUUCAAGAUUGGGAGAUGACGACUCGAAUGAAGGAUUUCUUGACUUUUGUACGCUCUUAUAGUACAAAACACUGGAAGUUUUCAGAGGGUGUGAAAUAUGGACAUGUCACAUAUUAUCCAAGACAUCCAAACCAUGUUGAUCCACCUAUCACACCAAGCAAGCUUUUAAUGGUGACACGAAUGAAACCUUUAUCUGGUCUCCCAUACUGGCACAAGGAUACACUUACAAAACAGCUGGGUUUUAAAGAACGGGGGAGGGAACCGAUAAUCGUUAAGAACACACCAGAGAUGUGCGCCCUACUUUGGACAGUAAAGCAUCUGGUGAAAAUUGUACCCAUAAUAUUGCCUGACAAGUUACCAACUGAGGAUGACUUGAAUGGCACGUAUUUACAUGAGAACGGUACAUUUUCUGUCAUACCAAAGAUAGAUUCUACACGUUAUAAAGCUACGGAUAAGUUUGUAAACAAUCCCAAGAAACUAAAUCGCAAUCUCAUAUCAGAAAAACUGAGAUUAAAAUGGUUAUCAUAUGGUUUUGUAUACCAAUAAAAGUAACAUUAUAGUUCGUUAAAUAGUUUGUCAGAGUCGUUAAUAUUGUUAUGAAACAAAAAAUCUCAGGAUUAAAAUAAUAACGAUGUAA